GGAUACCGAAGGGCUCGGCGGGACGGAUGAACGGCUCGGUGGGGCUGUGGAACGGCUCGGCGGGGCUGCUGAACGGCUCGGCGGGGCUGAGCGGCCCGGUGGGCAUGAGCGGAGCGGCGGGGAGCGGCACGGCGGCGGCGGGGCUGCUGGCGGGGGCCGGCAGCGCGGCCGUGCUGGAGCUGGAACGGGCUCUGCGCUGCUGCACCUCCGCUUCCGUGGUCACCGACGGCGAAGGCGACGGCAACGGGACGGUGGCGGACGAACGGAGCUUGUACAUCAUGCGGGUGGUGCAGAUCGCCGUCAUGUGCGUCCUCGCCCUCACCGUUGUCUUCGGCAUCUUCUUCCUCGGCUGCAACCUCCUCAUCAAGUCCGAGGGGAUGAUUAACUUUCUGGUUAAGGACCGGAGACCAUCCAAGGAGGUGGAAGCGGUGGUGGUGGGACCUUACUGACCAUCGCUCGACCCUGUCCCGGUCUCCAGCACCGGUUACACUUCACCAAGCACCGGCCCCGACGGGAGAAGGAACCCGAACCGAGCCAGCUCGACUGCACAACGGCCCCGGUCCUCCUUCCCACGGACUCUGCGCUGGUCGUUUUGGUUAUUUCAUUUGAUUAAUUUUGGUUAAUUGGGGUGUUUUUUUUAUGUUUUAUUAUUCUCCAGCCCCCCUCGCUCCCGUCCGGUGAGACCCGCGGGUGCGGUGCCCCCUGCUCAUCCUCUCCCCUGCCCCGGAGCCGCCCGUCCCCGACAGCCGCGGGGUACCGAAGUCACCGGGUACCGAAGUAAAAUAACCGUGCUCUGAUGGUGGCAAA